AUGCGACAGAAACCAAAAGGAACAAACAUCUCCCCGCCUGAGAAAAUGGAAGUGAUCAUAUCAGAUGGGGAGGUGACAAUGUUUUGGGAAGAUCCCCUGGACGUCUCAUCAGAUUUUGUGUAUAAUGUACAAAUGGCAAAAUACACUGAUGAGUGGGCUGAGGUUACCAGCUGCUCCAAAAUCACAGAGACCUUCUGCCACCUUACCAGUUUAAUUCAAGACUACAGCACCUGCUACAAGGUCAGAGUGCAGCUGGCAGCAGGAGAUAAACACUCCACGUGGAUACAGAAAAGGUUUUAUCCAAAUCAAAGUCAGCUGCUUCCUCCCUUCUUCUCUUUGUGGGCGACAUCCAGCACCUUGACAGUUCAUGUACAUGAGAAACCCAUUCUGAAAAAACUCUUUCCAUUUGGAGUCACAUACACUAUCUACAUAGCGGAACAAGACAAUAAGACGACUACAGUUUACCUGGAAGAUGACGGUGGAGAAGAUCAGAGGACAAAAACUCUUACUGGUCUCCACUGGAAAAGAAAGUACUGCAUCAGCAUCAAAGUGGAAGCUAAAGGAGGUCUCUCUGCAAGUGAUGUCUCUGACCAACAGUGUCUGCUCCUCCCAGAGCAAGAGUUCUUCGUAAUCGCUGUAUCCUCUUUAUCUAUUCUGGGAUGCCUGUCCAUUGUUGCCAUUUUAUCAAGCAUUCUCUUGUGUUAUCUGAGAUGUCCUGCAAAAACACCCGCUGCAUUGAAAUCCCCUGUGAGCGGCUGGCGUCCCCUGUCUGUGUCUGAAGGAAUCAUGGAGGUAGUUACAGACAAAGGAUGGUUUCUUUCCAGUUACAGAACAGAGAUGGACAACGCUCCCAAACUCCCCGUGAGCCAUGAUGUUACAGCGCACAUCAAGGAGGAGAACAGGAAAACCAGCGUCGACAGUGGGUUCAGCAUGGAGGCAGACUCUGCUACAGAAAAUGGAGAAAGGCCUCCAGCGGGACAAGAAGACAGUGGCUGUGGGAGCAUGGGAGGACCAGAGAGCUCCUCUGACAAUCAGAUCUGUUACCCCCCGCAGGAGAAAAGGAUGAAAACAGAUGGAAUAAGGAAGGGAGAAGACAGCGGGGUGGACAUGAGCUGCCAGCUUGAUUCUUCUUCUUUGAACCUGGAGGGCAAGGACAGUGAGCCUCUUGUGAAAACCGUCAGUGUAGGAAAUUAUCACAGCCAGGGCCUCUCUGAAGUGCACAUGCAGGUCGGAGACGGCGAGGACAUGUUGAAACAAAUACCUGCACACUUGAUUUUGGACAAAGUGCUAAGCGGGUACAGAGCUGGGCCUCAGUCUUGUAUCUGCUCAGGAGCGGGUCAGUGCAGCUGGUGCCACAAAUGCGGCCAUUUUGGAAGCGAAGUCACGAAACAACACAGAGUUGUGUGUAUUGAAAACGGACUGCUGGGCAGCAAAAUUGACUUAAACUCUUACAAACGCAAAGAGACAUUUCCAACUUAUUCUAGUAAAACACACGUGGACGCUGUCACCAUAGAGGAUUUAGACACAGCUUUCUUUCAAAUGAGCGAGACGUUUCCUCUGCUGACGUCUCUGGCCUUAACAAAGUGCGAGCAGGACUUCAGUAUGAACAACGUUUCCCUCUCGCUCUGUGACGUAGAGCUGAUGAAUGACUAA